AUGCGCCUCCAAGCUAUCUCUCCCUCGCCUCCCCGAGCGCUGCUCGACGCUCUGGCGCAGCUUGGGAUCAGAACGGAUACGGACUUGCUCUUCUCCGCCGACCCUAUCGACAUCUUCCGAAAGCUACCAUCUAGUACUUUGAGCCUCCAUGACUUCCAUUCAUUCGUCGCCCAGGUGUCACAACAAGCAUCAGCGCCAGCCGUGUGCGGAGACGUGCUUUUUGAGCAAGAGAAGAGGAAGGAAGAAAACGACCUAUAUAGUGAUCUCACUACAGGAGUGCGAGAACUUGAUGGGCUACUCGGCGGACUCGCACCUCCCCGCGUCAUUGAGGUGUCCGGCGAUAGAGGGUCCGGAAAGUCGUCUCUUGCCCUCCAAGUCGUCCUGCGACAUCUCUCUUCGGACCACAACGUCGGAGCGUUGUGGAUUGAUACAACCGGCGACUUCUCCGCUGACAGUAUCCCCCGUCUCUUGGAGUCAUAUGAGGGCCAUAGCCCUGAGGCUGUUUCCACCACACUGGAAAGACUGCAAGUCGCCCUCGCCUUCGACAUCGAGACGGCGCACGACGUACUUGAGAUGCUCCGGACGACUUUGAGCACUCACCCAGAUGCCCCUCCGGUAACGCGCUGUGUGGUCAUAGACACUGUCACAUCACUUCUGGGUUCGCUGCUCAGCGCAGUCUCCUCCCAAGGCCACGCCAUCAUGACCACGUUCAUGCGCCAACUCCAGACACUUGCCGAGUCCUUCUCUUUGACUAUUCUGGUGAUCAACACGUCCACGAAAUGCACGCCACGCAACCCCGACUCCGUAUUCGCCACAACGGACAGGAAACCCGCGCUCGGGCCAUCGUUCACCUUUCUCACCGACACGACGCUCUGGCUGGCGAGGCGCGAGACCGCGGAGGAUGGAGGUGCGACGCACGUCGCGGAGGUCUUCCGCUCGAGACUGGUGCCUUCUCGGACGUGGUGUAGUUUCAAGAUCCGGCACGGGAUACUGUCAGAUACGUAG